AUGCACUCCUCGUCGAUCCUAGGUUUUGUGUCGGCUUUCGUGGCUUCGGCCUCUGCGACUGGCGUGCUUCUACCCCUGUACGUCUACCCGUCUGCAGUUUACAAUGACGGCGCUGCCAAUUGGAAGCCUGUCUUCGAUGCUGUCUCCGCACACCCUAGUGUGCCCUGGAGCGUCGUAGUCGAUCCACACAAUGGCCCAGGUUUGUCUGGUCUACCUGGAGAUAACGAUGCUAAUUACAUUUCUGGCGUCUCACAACUUAAUGCUUACUCUAAUGUUAAAACAAUUGGAUAUGUCCGAACGAACUAUGCUACAUCUUCGAUGGACGAGCUGAAGAAGAAUAUCACUCAAUGGCAUGACUGGAGCACUUAUACAGGAGCAGACAUUGCGGUGGACGGAAUCUUCUUCGAUGAAUCUACCGAUAACUUCUCCUACCUCAACGAAGCUAUUACCUUUGCUCGUACGACAUUUGGCAGCAACCCUAUCACAACAAUUUGCAACUUUGGUGCUACAGCCCCUGCCGAGUACUACAGCAUCUGUGACAUCGUCAUCGCCUUUGAGAGUUGCCUGAACUGCGUUGGAGCGCCGCAAUAUCAGAGCCAGACAACAAUUAGCGCUAAUAUCCCAUCAGGAUACGAGCCUCUGGCUGCUGUAAUUGUCCACGACUUCACCGGUGCAGCUUACGAUGGUUCUAUAGCCGAUGCCAGUCUUCUCGCCACCUAUCUCAACACCUUGAAAUCGGACAACGUGGGAUGGGCAUAUUUCUGUUCUGCUGGCUAUGAUAGCAUCACUACUGGUCCCGCGACUGUGGGUCAGGUUGCUCAGGAUCUUGCAUAG